CCUGCCUGCCUGCCUGCCUGCCUCUUACCCGCCCGCCCCCCUCUCUCGACACCAACGCGCAUGUGUCAUGACACCGCCCCCAUCGUGCCGGCCACCCAGGAAGCAGUCGAGUGUGAGUCAGGCACCGACAGCUAUCCAUCCAUCCAUCCACACCAAAGCCCCCCCACCUGCCUGCGCCCCUCAUUCAUCUAUGUCGUCCACUACUGCUCCAUCUCAUCGUCACCGCUCCUCUCCAAAUCCCUCUGCGAGUCAGCUACUGGAGUGUGGCCCCUAGCUGCUGCCAUGUGAACUGGCAGUCGGCGUUGACCACCGCCUCAAACGCCAGCCACAACCACCACACAUCUAUGAAGAGCGCAUAAACAACACGCCAGCCAGCGACCCAUCCCCCUAGCACCCCUAGCUAUGUAUACGAACAUACAUGCUCGACACGCAUGUAUGUGUGAUGUGCUACACGGCUGGGUUGGUCUUCUACAGGUAGAGGAACCCAUAGAGAGCAUCCAGCACAGCCAGGGCGGCCUGAGGACGGACAGAGAGAGAGAGAGAGGGAGAGAUACUGCCGGCUGCCAUAUGGUGGAUGUAAUCACGCACACCCGGAUCCUAUGUAUGUACCAGGGCCCACUUGGUCUCCUGCGAGUGUGCGGGGUUCGCCAGGUACAUGUAGUAAGCCCGCGUGGCUAUGCUGCAUGUAAGUGAAUACGCCACAAGGUACGUACAUGUAUUAUAUAGCUGUUUUCGUGCGUGUCUCCUGUUGCGUCCUUACUGGUCGCGCAUGCUGUUUGUGACGAUGCUGCCCUCUGUCUGCGUGGCGGCCGUGGCCGUCUGGGGGCUGGCCUGCACACCCGCAGCCGCCUGCAUGGGCUGGGCCGUCUGCACCUCCGAGUGGGCCGUCACGCUCGCCACGUAGGCCUGCACACCCGCAGUCGCCUGCAUGGGCUGGGCCGUCUGCACCUCCGAGCUGGCCGUCACGCUCGCCACGUACGCCUGGAUGCCCUUGUUGUUGAGUGCUGCAAAGAGAAGAGGGAGAGAGGGAGGGAGACACAGGUUUGUGCGUCUGCGUGUGCGUGUACGGCGCGCAUGCACACCUGAACCAGGCUUGGCAGAAGAGGGCUUGAUGUAUAGCGACGACGACGACAACACACACGGGGGCGGGAAAACGGCUGCAUGCGAUGGACGCGCACAAGACCUCACGUGCGCAGCCGUUGUGGUGCUGUUGUCUUGGUGGCGUGUAUGUGUACCGGCAGACGGCGACACACCCGAUUCGAUCGCCUUCACUCGUCGCGAGACGUAGCCGGUGGCAGCUGCACACACGGCCGAGGGACAGGAGAGGAUGGAUGAAGGGACGUGAGGUGAGCUUGGUGUCUUCUUCCUUCUCACCAUUGUCGACAUUUUCGUUGGUGGGAUGGCCGCAGCGAUACUCGGCAUUGCACCCCGACACUGGCAAGUGCAAAUCUGCAGCACACACAUACACACACGCGGCCGUCGUUAUGCAUGCUGUCUGUCUCCGGCUAAUGAAGGCACUCACCUGGUGCGGCUUCGUUGGUGGUGGUCAGCCGUUUGGCCAGCACGGAGCUCAGUGAGUUGGUUGCGGCCUAAUGGGAUACAUGAGUAAAGACACGAAACUGUACUGCCUGUGUGCGAACGGAUCCGUAGGGUGCUGCGUACGGCGAGACGGAGCUCUUUCAGCUGCUCGGCCAUCCUGGCGUUUUCAUCUCGAAGCCGUCUGAAGGCAUACGUUGACACCGAUUAAUUGUGCACGGAGUACACGGGCUUCUCUUGUUUCCAUACCGUAUCUCGUCGUCCUUUGCCUUGAGCCUGGCCUGAUGUUCGUCGUCCUUUGCCGCCCUGAGAGGAAAGAACACCCAUACAUGCAUCAAAAUGACGGACAGCCCCCAUCCAUUGCUGUGCUCACACCUGUCUCUUGUACUCCGCUGCUUGGCGCUCGCGCAUGGCGAGGUACUGACCGACAACGCCGCUGCUGUGCGGCUCAUGCCACGAGCUCAGGCCGAUGGCGAUGAUGCACAGGGCCGUCCACACGAUGCCCCACCAGACACUGACGACGGCCUUCUCCUUGUAGAGCGAUGCUGGGCAACUAGAGGGAGGGCAUGUGUGUUGUCCUGAGCCAUCCGUGAUGGACGGGAUACGGCCGGAACAGCCUUCCCCCGCCCAUCGUGGCUUGGCUGGGACGACUGACAUGGCCCACCUGCCAAGGCACACACACGAGACACACACAUGAGCCAUUGCCUGGUGCCUCCAGGCUCCCUCACGUACCCUCUCAAGGUCGCCCGUAUCCAGAGGGUGACGGGGAGUGUGUCCACGGUGUGUGGCGUUUUGGUGCUGACAUUGCCCAUGGCGAUGACGGUGGGGUCUCGCGCCACGAGCAAGGCGCCUACCGACUGGCCGGCGUUGCCAUUCAGCUUGAUGUGGAUGGCGCCCUCCUUAAGGGCCGAGGGACCGAACUUCAUGACGACACACGAUUGCUCCAGUGUGCAGUCCAUCGCCCCGACGGUCUCGUUGAGGGUCCGGAGUCCGUGUGUGGAGAGCAUUGUGCAUGUCUCCCCCGUGACGAGCAUGAGCUCGACAUCGAUGUGCUCAUUGCCAGCUGGGCAGAUAUUGAUGGCGGCACUGUCGAGGAAGCCCUUGAUCGGCUGCUCGCCGAUGGCCGUCGCGCCACCUGUCGUGCCGAGAUGGCUCUGGGCAAUCACUGCCACAUCGGAGAGGGUCAACUGUCGACGGGCGGAUACCGACACACAGCAGGGAUCAAUCCAUGUGUAUGUCUAUGAUUGUGUGUGGUGGUACCUGCAGCGGCCCGAUGCGCUGCUGUUGUGCGAUGAGGCCCGUGACGGACCGGUCGACUUUGUUGGUGAGGAACCGCUUCGACCCCACGGAGGUGAGCCGCAACACACGGUCAAGCGCACUCAUGACCGUCACAUCAGCCGGGAACUGCACACACACAAACAAACAACCAAACACAUGACAGCCCGCCUUCCUCUCAUUGCCUGUCGUGUCGUGCUGACCUGUAGUGGUCUGCUGAUGGACUGUUUUCUGUCGCUCUUGAAGACCUUCUGGGGCACCUUCUCCAAAGGCAGGUCGACUGGCGCCGUGCCGUCCUCGGCGUCCCACACACGCACGAUCCCAUCACCUACACACACCCACACUUACACAGAGACAAAGAGCGAUGGAGAUGGACGGACAAAGGAUUGGGGCCGUCAGUGUGAGAGAGUGUGUGCGUGGCGUGUACCAGUGAUGUGCCCAACGACGCUGCACGGGGCCUUGUCGCGUUUGCAGAGGGUGUCGAAGAGCUCCACCGACUCGGGGCGGAUGACAAGCGCGUAGUUCUCCUGGUACUCGGCCCCCCACAGCUCCAGCAACGACAUGGUCUUGUCGCCACACAACAUCUUCCGAAUGUCUGAACGGGAGAGCAAAAGUGCCCUCUGCCUAGGGGUGUGGGAGGGGGAGGGAGGGAGGGAGGGAGUGUUUCUGACCGAUGAAUCCGCCGCCCGCGCCCGGGCCGAAGGUCAGCUUGAAGGGCGGGGCUGUGCGGUGCUUGAGGCCGUCACGCUCCUGAGCCACACACUCGGGGUUGCACUGCAGAGAUGAGGGAACACAGGCAGGUGAAUGAACAGAGGCUCUCGUGUGGUCUCGGUUAUCACCUGUCUGAGUUCGCACUCGCCAAGGUUGCACUUGAGCUCGCCAUCGGGCUCGCCAGUGGUGGUGAGAAUGCACACCUCGCCGCCUACAAUGACCUUCUGGUCGGCGACCCAGCAGGUGUUGUCAGCCGUGACGGGGCUCCGUGUGGUGGACUUGAGUCCGCUGCCCUUGAUGACCAGCUCGGUGCCGGACGUGCCGGUGGUUGAAGCGACGGACGAGAGUUCGGGGGUGAGGGCGUUGGCGUAGGUGACCUUGCAGUUGAAGGGAGUGCCGCACUCGGACGACUCGGCUAUCAAAUCUGCCGGCCAGGUCUCCGCUGCACCCAUUGUGUUGCCACCACGUGAGGGCUGCAGUUUUAUCUGACGUUCCUGAACAACCAAACCAGCCAAAAACGUGGAAGCAUCCUCCAUUCAUGGAUCCUUCCCUGCAUACCCGCUGCCGCCAGCUUCUGUAGCCACGCUUUCCCAACAGUUCUGCACGCAAUCAAUAGCAGCAACGGCAGAAAAGGAUGCAUUCAGCGAUGAUCCAUCCAUCCAUCCAUAAUAUGGAUGCAUCUCAUAUAUGCAUCAACAAUGAUGCAUUCAUUCAACGAUGAUGCAUUCAUCCGAAUGCAUCUCAUGCCUAAAUUGCAUUGCGUACCGUCUUCUUCUGUUGUUGGCGUUGUGUGCGGCGGGCCGAGGCCUGGUACUACUAGGAUGUCCUCACGCGAGGACGUGUACAUGCUGGUGUACACGUAUGUGUCCACAAUCUGCCACAGCGCGUACGUGGCGAUGCCGAGUGCGGCAACUUGGAAGAGAAGACCGUGCAUUCUGCCUUGCAAGAGCUGGAA